ACAUAUGUGUCUAAAUCUGUGUCCGAUAUUUGUCUAGAAAACUAUUUCCCUGGGGUGCCUAUAAAUAAGGCAAAGGACAGCGUGGCUGGGACAUAGCAGCAAAAGUGGCCGCACACUCAAAAAAAUCCAUGAAGGGCCAUGAGCCCACACGUUCAACCUCCUCCUGCGCCGCCUGCAAAUUCCUCAAGCGGCGGUGCAGCCCCACCUGCCUCUUCGCCCCCUACUUCCGCUCCGACGAGCCCGAAAAAUUCGCCAAGGUCCACAAAGUCUUCGGCGCCAGCAACGUCGCCAAGAUCCUCGUCGACGUGCCGGAGAACCAGCGCGACGACGCCGUCAACUCCCUCGUUUACGAGGCCGAGGCGCGGCUGAGGGACCCCGUCUACGGCUGCAUCGGCGCCAUUGCUCUCUUGCAGCGGAAGGCGGUCGAGCUGCAGCAGGACCUCGCCGUCGCUCGGACUCGGCUCGCUCGUUGCGCCGCCGUGGCAGGCGGCGGCAUGACUUCUUCUCUCUCUACGUCUUCUCUCUCUGUUCUCAGCGACGAGGAUCGGUUUUUGAUGAAUUCUCUGUCUGAGAUUUUGAUGAACCCGGGUUGGGAUGGGUGGGGUGGGGAGGGUUUGGACCGGAAUUCUGUGGAACUGGACCGGAGUGGAUGCAUGGAUGAAUUAAGCCAGCUCCCCUUUCCAAGAGGGUAAAAAAUUUGUUGGAUUGUCAUAAAUUGGUCCUUAAGCUUUUGGAUUUUUAUCAAUUUGGUCGUUAAAACUACUGGAUUUUAGUCAAAUUGAUGGUGUCGUUCAAAUUUGAAAAUUGAUUUCGGCACUGCUGUUGUAGCCAUAGGCACUCCACUUUGUAUCUUGAUCAUGUGAGAUUACAAAACAAAAUGUAAAGUGCCAAUGGCUAAAACUGAAGUGCUAAAA